UUGAGAAAUAGAAAUGCAGAGAGAGAGAGAGAGAGAAACGAAAUAAACACGAAAAAUCUACAGAAGGUAUGCACGUUAGAGGGGUCUCAACCUGAAAAUUUCAACCCUUUCCAAAUCCCAUAAUCCCUUCACAAAAAACCCUUUUCAUUUCAAGAAUCAAUAUUCUUUGUUUCUGGAAGAUAUUUUGUUGCCCAAAUUGGAUUUUGAACUCCCAGAGGAAAAACAACCUCAUUUCCUUUUUUUGUUCUUGGUUUUUGUUCAUGUGUUUGAUGUCAUCUUCAUUUGCAAGAAUUUUUGGUUGAUUUCUAAAGAGAAGAUGGGUAGAUGAAGGCAUUCAUUCUCAUUUUUUAAGGACAUUGUCUCCGGAGGCUUGAGUUUUCCCCUAUUGUCAUGCAUGGCUAAGAAUUGAAAAUCAAGAAAAUACUUCUUUAGGGUUCAAGAUUUGAUCUUGACCAGUGGGUCAGCUGCUGAAGAAUCUUUCUUCCCGGGUUCUAAUAUGCUGAAUCUUUGAUGCGUGUUUGAGAAGGCUCCAAAAUUUUUCUUCAACAAAGAAGUGGGAUUUUUGAUCUUGAAGGCCUGUUUGGGGAUUUGAGAAUGGGGUAAAUGAAGAAACUGAAUUAUGGAUCUUUGAGUUCAGGGAUUCUGUUUUAUGGAGAAGAAUAGGAGGGUGAACACAAGAUUUCUUGAUAAUUCAAAUGGGUUUUGGUCUGAUUGGUGGGUUGUUGCACCUAGUUAUAUUGCAACGUGAAUGGCUGAUUUGCAGAGGCCUAGUCUUGUGGACAGAGACAUUGACCAGGCCAUUACAGCCCUUAAGAAAGGGGCACACCUGCUGAAGUAUGGACGGAGAGGGAAGCCGAAGUUUUGCCCAUUUCGACUUUCUUCAGAUGAGUCUACCCUGAUAUGGUACUAUGGAAAAGAUGAAAAACAGCUCGAGCUACGUCAAGUUUCAAAGAUAAUUCCUGGACAGAGGACUGCAAUAUUUCAGCGGUACCCUCGGCCCGAAAAGGAAUACCAGUCGUUUUCACUUAUAUAUAGUGACAGAUCCUUGGAUUUGAUAUGCAAAGAUAAGGAUGAAGCUGAGGUUUGGUUUGCUGGUUUAAAAGCUCUGAUUGCACGUGCUAACUACAAGAAAGUAAGAAAUGAAGCAAGGCAUGAAAGUGCAUCAUCAGAUGGUCUAUUUGGUCGCAGGUUAUCUACUAGUUCAUCUGGUCGGAGGGCUGCCACAUCAAGUUUCUCUGAUCUGGGAGAUAACCAACGAUCUGAUGAUACUUCUCAGAGCAGAUUGGGAAAAGCAUUUGCUGAUGUUGUGUCAAUCACUGCAACACCCAAGUAUCCUCAACUCACUGAUUCUUUUCCCACUUUCCAGCCAGCUGGGGCUGUAGAAAACCCAAAUGCCCGAACCUCGGGAGCCGAUACAUUCAGGAUGAGCCUUUCUAGUGCUGUAAGUUCAUCAAGUCAAGGUUCCUGUAAUGAGGAUUUUGAUAACUUGGGAGAUGUUUUCAUCUGGGGAGAAGGCAUGGAUCACGGGGUAAUGGGAGGUGGUCUGAUUAGAGUUGGUAGAUCAUCGAACAUGAAGGUUGAUGCUCUAUUGCCCAAGGCUUUGGAGUCAACAGUGGUACUUGACGUGCAAAAUAUUGCUUGCGGCAAGAGACAUGCAGUUUUAGUCACUAAACAAGGGGAAAUAUUCAGCUGGGGUGAAGAGGCUGGGGGUAGGCUUGGUCAUGGAGUUGAAGCUGAUAUUUCCCAUCCAAAGCUCAUUGAAAAUCUUAGUGGCAAGAACAUUGAUAUGGUAGCAUGUGGAGAGUAUCAUACUUGUGCUGUUACACUCUCUGGUGACCUUUACACUUGGGGUGAUGGUUCUCUUAACUGCGGUUUGCUUGGGCAUGGAAGCGAGGCCAGUCACUGGAUCCCCAAAAGGGUUGGUGGACCCCUUGAUGGCCUACAAGUGUCAUUUGUCUCUUGUGGUCCUUGGCAUACAGCUUUAUUGGCAUCUCCUGGCCGGCUGUUUACGUUUGGAGAUGGAACUUUUGGUGCACUGGGACAUGGAAGUCGUAGUAAUACCAGUAUUCCACGGGAAGUGGAAGCUUUAAAGGGAAUGCAGAUUUUGAGGGUUGCUUGUGGUGCAUGGCACACUGCAGCAGUAGUGGAAGUUAAUUCUGAAUCUCCUAAUUCUGGAAGAUCCAGCCAGACUUUAGCUGGAAAUCUGUUCACAUGGGGGGAUGGGGAGAAAGGGCGGCUGGGGCAUGGCGAUAAUAAUUCCAGACUCAUUCCCCAGUGCAUCGCUUCUCUGGUUGGCACAAGUUUUACUCGGGUAGCCUGUGGGAAUGACUUCACUGUUGGUCUGACUUCUUCAGGACAAGUGUACGCCAUGGGAGCUUCAGUGUCAGAUGGAAAGUUUCCUACUCGUGUAAAAGGUGACAUAACAGACAGUUGUGUGGAAGAGAUUGCUUGUGGUUCACAUCAUGUUGUAGUUUUGACAUCGAAAGCAGAAGUUUAUACCUGGGGUAAGGGUGCAAACGGGCAACUCGGCCAUGGUGACAAUGCUGACCGGAGCAUGCCCACACUCGUCAAAUUCUUCAAAGAUAAACAAGUGAAGAGCAUAACGUGUGGUUCAAAUUUUACUGCCGUUAUAUGUCUCCACAAAUGGAUAUCUGGUGCUGACAAUUCCUCUUGCUCUGGCUGCCAUAUUCCUUUUAACUUCAUACGAAAGCGUCAUAACUGUUAUAACUGCGGACUUGUCUUUUGCAAAGCAUGUAGCAGUAGGAAGUCUCUUAAAGCCUCUUUAGCCCCUAGCACGAACAAGCCAUAUCGUGUUUGCGAUGAUUGUUUCACCAAAUUACAGAAGGCUGCAGAUACUGCAGCUGUUCUUCGUAAUGUUAAAACUGGAGGUUCGCCAUAUAAGCCCAGUGAAUCGACUGAAAAGGAGACUGGGGUUCCUCGUUUACCAGGAAAUGCUUCCAGACUCUCAUCUGCUGAGUCAUUCAAGUCGGAUAGAAGCUCUGCAGUCAAAUGUGAAUCAAAUGAUAAUCGUGUAUUUCCACUUCAGAACGGAAAUAUUCAGAGGCCAAGCAUUUCUUCAAAAUCACCAACUAGCCCAUUUGGAUCUUCUCAGAAUUUUCUUUCGUUUUUCCUUCCAGAUUCUAGAUUGUUUUCUCGGUCACCAUCUCCAGUGCUUGGGAAGAGCUCUCUGAGGUCUACAACACCUUCACCAUCUUCAUCUCUCACCCUUCGGACGUCAGAAGUAACCCCAGAUGAUAUGAGGAUCGGUGGUAAUGAUAGCCUAAGCCUGGAGGUCAGAAGUUUAAAGGCACAGGUAGAAAAACUUACAAGCAAAACCCAAGUUCUUGAAGCUAAACUGGCAAGAAAAUCGAAGCAGCUGAAGGAGAUGAAUGCACGGGCAGCAGAUGAAGCUGAAAAAAGCAAAGCUGCAAAAGAAGUGAUCAAGUCUCUCACUGCUCAGUUGAAGGAGAUGGCUGAAAGAGUGCCAGUGGAACAGCUUGCCUCCAGCAACUUGGAUGCUAAUGAGCAAAUGGCAAGUGAAAUUAGUUGUCCAUCCAACAGGAGCAGCGUGGCAAGUGCAGCCUCUCCGACGAGUGAUUUUAGUGACAAUUCAAGUACUCUGCCACUAUCUAAUGGAACAACGGUUCAAGGACAGAAAUUGGAGCGGGUUAUACAAGAUGAGCCUGGUGUCUACAUAACUCUUGUCAGCUUACCCAAUGGUGUUAAUGAACUGAGACGAGUUCGUUUCAGUAGGAAACAUUUCACAGAGGAUCAGGCAGAGAAGUGGUGGGCUGAAAACGGGACGAGGGUAUGUGAGAGAUACAAUAUCAAAACUGUGCUUUAGCUUGACAACAACCAGCCUUGUCGACAGAGUUGAAAUUCAUGAUGGCUACUUCUUCAGGAUGUUCUUCCUUUCUGGUGCUAACUGUAAAUUCUUUUCGUAGUUGUUUUCUUUUGUUGCUAGAACUUUACAUGUUUGGAUUUUGGUGUUUUCUCAUGUUUGUGCAGUAGUAAUCUUUUACCGUUCGUCCAUUUAUAGUGAGAAAUCGCCAAUGUAGCUCUAAAACUUCAGGGAGAUUAAGAAAUUUUCAGGUACUCAUGAAUACAGUGUCGUCUUCUUUUUACAAGAAGCAUGAUGCCGUCUCCUUCCAAAUUUCUACACAAUGGUUCACCAAUGAAGUGAUUCUAGCACUUUAAAACACACAAAAAGAACAACUGAGAGUGUAUUUGUUAUUACCUAAACUAUACUUGUUUAACGUCGUAAUAAGAGUGGACAGAAAUUCCAAAACAGACUCAUUCUCUAAAGGAACAAAUUUGGUCAUAUUCAGCACCUUCUCAUUGGAAGCUGCUCUUCUCAUCUGCAGAAAAUAUGAUCUAAAAUUUAGCAAUUACAUGCGUCUAUUGGUAG